AUAGCAGCCAAUAUGACGUGUUCUUGAGUUUUAGAGGCUCAGAUACCCGCAAGGCAUUCACCGAUCACCUCUAUAAUAGUCUGGUCAACAUAGGGAUUGUACCAAUUUGUGUGUUCAGAGACGAUAACAACAUCCCAAUUGGCAAGGAAUUUGGUUCAUAUAUUCUUGAUGCCAUCACAUGCUCUAGGAUUUUGAUCCCCAUCAUCUCCGAAAAUUAUGCAUCAAGCAAAUGGUGUCUCCGUGAGCUUAUUCAUAUUAUGGACUGCAGCAAGAGCACGUCACACGUAGUGUUGCCCAUUUUUUUAUAAAGUGAACCCAUCACAUGUUCGGUAUCUAAAAGGUAGUUUUGGGGAGGCCUUCCAUUCAAGUAAGGAGCAUUUUGAUGAGAAGGAUAUCCAGGAAGGGCAGCGAGCACUUAGCGAAGUGAGUUACUUAAAUGGUUGGGAAUCUGAGAAAUUUGCCAACGGGCAUGAAGGAGAAUUAGUGAAAAAAGUUAUCAAAAUUGUUCUGGGCAAAUUGGGACAUGAUUUUCAGCUUGAUGUUACUAAACACUUAGUUGGAAUCCGUGAUCAUGUGAAUAAAAUUAGAAAUUGGGUAGACACUUCUACCAGUGAUGUUCGAAUGAUUGGAAUCUAUGGCAUGGGCGGGAUCGGUAAAACAACUCUUGCCAAGGUCAUCUACAACGGGCUAUCGAAUGAUUUUGAGCAUCGUAGCUUCCUUUCAAAUAUUCGAGAAACAGCUCACUGCAAUGGUAUUCAUCAUCUACAAAAUCAACUAAUUAAGGAAAUCGAGCCAACCGAACGUCAAAUUUGGAACGUUGAUGAUGGAAUUAAUGUGAUCAAAUCUAGAUUGAAAGGGAAAAAGACUCUCAUUCUUCUGGAUGAUAUAGAUCACUUGAAUCAACUAAAUGCUUUGGCUAGAGAUCGUAAGUGGUUUAUGACAGGAAGUACAAUCAUUGUUACAACCAGAUAUAAAGCUAUUCUGGAUCAAUCUGAGUUCAAGGUAGACUACAAGUACGAAUUGAAUGAAUUGGAUGAGGUGCAUUCUUUGCUUUUAUUUAACAAGUAUGCAUUUCAUAUGGACCAUUCUUCAAGGGACUUUGAGUAUAUUUCUCGUAAGAUCAUAUCCACCAUGGGUGGACUUCCCUUGGCUCUUGAGGUAAUAGGUUCACGCUUGUAUGAAAAAACAGAUCGAGAAGUAUGGCAAGAUGUGCUAGAGAAAUUAAGAAAAGAACCAUAUGGAGAUGUCCAAGACAAAUUGAAGAUAAGUUAUGAUGCAUUAGAAGAUGGACAUAAGGAGAUUUUUCUCGAUAUUGCUUGUUUCUUUAUUGGCAAAGAGAGCAAAUUCGCAAUUUAUAUGUGGAAGGACUGUGGAUUUUAUCCAAGUCAAGGGAUUGAAGAAUUGAAGCUGAGGAGUUUAAUAAAAAUUGGAGGUCAUGGUGAGUUAAGGAUGCAUGAUCAAUUGAGAGAUCUUGGAAGGACAAUUGUUUGCAAAGAAGGACCGCUUGAGAGACGAAGCAGAUUAUGGGUCAACAAUGAAGCCUCCAGCAUACUAAUGGGAAAAAAGCAUAUUUCCAAGCCAAUCUCCGAGAUAUUAACAGAGAGGGCAUAUAAUGUCUGGGAUAAUGUGGCGAUAGAACAGGUUAGUCUUGGUCGGUAG